CCAAAGUAGGUAAGCGGACGCGGGCAAGACACUCGCCAUUCCAUAAACUUUGAGAGAGCAGGGUUUACCAACUUGCCAACCAAACAAGUUCAGUUUUCAAACCAGUGAGAAAAUAUAAUUUUUUUCGUUCGACUUGCUCAGUGAUUCAUUGAGAAAGACAUCGUUCCAUUUCAAAUUUAAUUUUUUCGAGUUUCGACAUAUUCGUUUCUUCAUAAGCUUGCCUUCUAAACAGACAGAAAACUAAGUUGAAGAGCGCAAUUACUUAGUGGGAGAACUUUGAGCUACGCAUCUUUGCUGAAUCUGUGGAGAAAAGGGCGCUGUGAUGGUGAGCUCUUGGCUAACGCUGGUGGCCUGCCUCGUCGCCUCCACAGCUGGCAUUCAACACACGUGGCAGACGCCAGGCUGCCACAAAGUAGGGCACACGAGGAAGAUAAGCAUCCCGGAGUGCGUCGAAUUCGACAUCACGACGAACGCCUGCCGAGGAUACUGCGAAUCAUGGUCGGUCCCUUCAGCGUGGCAAACGCUUCUCUACAACCCCCACCAGGUCAUCACGUCCAUCGGCCAGUGCUGCAACAUCAUGGAAACUGAAGACGUGAAAGUGAAAGUGAUGUGCAUAGACGGACCACGGGAGCUGAUCUUCAAGUCCGCAAGGAGCUGCGAUUGUUUCCACUGCAAAAAGUAUUAAGAGAAGAGACGAGAGGAAAUCGAAAACCAAGGGGACGUGACGGGUUUGAAGAGGGAAAAUAAUGAUUGUGAUAGAAAUAAAGAUGGAGAUACCGGAUCCUGGCUCACAAAGAACAGAUUUAAUUUUUCGUGGAGCAAUAAAUCUGAUGAAAAUGUGUCCCUUCACAACACUUAGAUGUCACGAAGUAAAUAGUUUAGGUAAAUUGAGGAGGCUACAUCAAUAAUUUCGCUAAUUGCAAUUAAUACACCUCAUCUUCAAAAUCACUACAUAAUAUAUCACUACAUAAUAUAUCCAAAUACCUUAUGCAAGGUUUUUAAGCAAAUGCAGAGUACUUAAUUGGAUAUGGUUCUACUUACAAAAUAAAACAAUUAUGCUGACACUAAUUUACGAGACGAAAACUAAUUACAAAAUUAUACAUCGCAAAUAUGAUCUACUAUAGUCUAAUAGCUUUUGAAAAUAAUCUUAAGGAAAAAUACUCAUUAUUGAAAAACAAAAACCGUUUAGUAGCACACAAAGAUUCACAACUUGAAGAAAGAGAUCUGUGAUUCAUCUCAUUUGUUUUCCUUUCUCUUAUAGACUUUAUCUUUUAAAAAAGAAGUCUAAUGCUCCAAACAUCUCCAUUUCCUAUCUGAUUCCUUUUCUUGUCCUUUUUAAGAUCUAGGCUACAAAACGGCCGAGACUGAACAUUGCUUAGGUCUUUGCCCAAAAACGGGAUGAGCGGAGAUGACAAUAUAAUUUUAAAGACUUACUGAAUUUUGGAAUAGCAUUACGAACUCGUGUUCUGAAAAUAAUACUUGUACUAUGGACUUUAUUUUGAAAACAUAGAAUUACUUUUUCACUCUUGACUUCAACUUGAAUGUCAUGUGAUAUCUGUCUCAUUUCGAUCGCACUCUUAAUAGCGGCAAAAAUUUUUAAAUGUAAAUGAUCGUUCAGUGGAUUUCAGCUUACGUUAAGUCUUCUUUUACAUUUACAUUAAUAAAUAUUUCGUCCAAGAUCGUGUCGUUAUCAGGGUCUGUACAAAUUUUGACCGUAAACAACAUUUUACAAUAUCAUUAUAUAUCUUACAAGUAAACUAAAACAGUUAUUUGUAACGGUUUAUAUACAAACAUUAAGCAAAGGAAACAUAAAAUUAUGAGAAAAUAAUAGCUUUUAAACUGGAAGCCCUGGGAUAUUGAUGCUGCAAUAACUCUUUACUUGAAGUUACCUGUAUGAAUAUAGAAACACUUCUUUACCUUAUUAGUUACACAAACACAAGCUCCCAUCCCAUACAAAAAUUCUCACUAAUAAAAUUAUGAACGUUAUUGAGAUGUUAUUGACAUACUAGAUGUUGUGAAGGAAUGCAUUAGUUCUAAGCAUAUCAAAAUAUGUAUUUGUGAAGAUUGAUAAAAAGCUGUUACAAGUCAUAAAGAUAUAUGUUCCAAUGAAAAAAUUUUGACCACUUUUUCUUGAUCUCGAAAUUAUUAUACUUAAUGGUACCAAUAUUCACUAGACACAAUAAAACUAUAUCUUUAUUACUGUUAUUAUUAUACUUACUCUAGCCGCUGGUUCCAGACUGCUAAGGUUGUUUUUAAGCUUCAUUUUAACAAUUAGUUCUUUGCAAGACUGAAGUAUUAACCAUACGCUCAACUUGUAUUAUUAUUAUUAUUUCAAAAUGCACUAAUAUAAUAUCUGUUCAUGAUUUGUCAUAUUUACGGCUAAAAAUCUAAAUCAUAAUCUUAAGUCUUAUCCAGUGUGAUAUAAUUCAGAGAGACUGAUUCCAAAAUAAUAUUUACGUCCUCCAAGAAAUUGUUUUCUAAUAAUAUAUAUUCAAAGAUUUGACAGAGUUGUAAAUAAAAUGUAUUUCCUUUCA